AUGGAUUGGUUAAAAGCUAAUUACGUCCAUAUCAAUUGCUAUGACAACACUGUGAGGUUUUCUUCCUUAGUAGAAGAAGAACAAUCUAUGUUGGUGUCGAUGAAGCAGUUGAAUGAGUUCAUGAAGGAUGAGGCAUUGGUUUUCUUGUUGAUGGCGACUCUUUCCAUGGAGAGUCAAGCUGUGAUAGCAAACUUUCCGGUGGUGUGCAAUUUUCUCGAAGUAUUCUCUGAUGAGAUUCCUAGUGCACCUCCAGAAAGAGAAGUUGAAUUUUCUAUGGAUCUUGUCCAUGGUACCAGUCCUAUCUCUAUGGCACCAUACAGGAUGUUCGCAUCUGAGUUAGCAGAAUUGAAGAGUCAAUUAGAAGAUUUGCUCGAGAAGAAUUUUGUUAGACCUAGUGUGUCGCCGUGGGGAGCUCAUGUGUUAUUGGUGAAGAAGAAAGACGGUAGCAUGAGACUUUGUAUUGAUUAUCAUCAGUUGAAUAAAGUGACUAUCAAGAAUAAGUAUCCACUUCGUAGGAUUGAUGAUUUGAUGGACCGAUUGGUUGGCGCUCGCAUGUUUAGCAAGAUUGAUUUGAGAUCGGGUUACCAUCAAAUAAGGGUGAAAGAAGAAGAUGUUCAGAAAACUACUUUUAGGACGAGGUAUGGACAUUACGAAUAUUUGAUGGGGGCUGUAUUAUCUGUAACGUAUAGCCUAAAUGUAGUACUGCAAGUGUACAGCCUAUCGAAGUAA